UUGCUGCUUAUAAAUAGGCACAUGCCCACUACACUACCACCACCACUACUACCCCCCCUCAAACAACAGAACCCCCACCACCAAAGCACAUACGGCAAAGUAGCCAGACAAACGGAAACUCAAAGAGAGGAGAGAGUGAGUUCCUUUGAUCAUACAGUUGUUUUUGGCCAAUCAUCGUCCGAGGAGAGAUGGGGAUGCAGAGCAACGACGGCGCCGUCAUGUUCUCCUCCAUCGCGCUGCUGCAGCAGAGGUUCAGGGAGCUGGAGAGGAUCAAGGAGGAGCGGGAGGAGAGGCUCAUCCAGAUGCUCCCUCCCCGCUCCGACCGCUCCCACAGUGGCGCUGCGGCCGUCGUCGUAGCCACGGCUGCUCCGAGGGAAGUGCCGGUGAAAUGGUUCUUCCAUCCGGAGCUGUUGUAUCCAUGCAGGCCUCUGCGUGACAUGGCUGCUGCUACCUUACUUCCGGUCAUGCCGGCCACCAUCGACUGUGAAUUCAAAACCUUCCAGCUCCGUGGUGACUCGCUCGCCGUGGACCUGUGGCCUAGUAAGGCCUACAAGCAUGUAUCCAGUGAAGUUGAUGUCGACACCUCACUGCACCUCUAGAUUACUACUACUGCUACUAAAAUUGCUAUCCUAAGCUGUUAACCUUCCAAGUAUCCACCAGUGUUGCUGCUCUAGUUGUUUUUGGUAGCCUAGUAUGUUUCUCUUCUUCUUUGGUUUUGUAACAAGGGGCAGGAGGGUGGUGAGUUGUAAUUAUUGCCAGUAGUAAGAUUGUGCUGGUUGUUUCCCUGUUACCUUGUCGCCGCUGAAUUGCCAGCAUCUUCCAAUUGGGCACUGUUAUCGUCUGAGUAGUAGAGUAGCUCUGCAGGGCAACCAUUUUCUGAUGUAUCAGUACACUCCUCAUCA